AUGUUGAGGGGGACGAUCAUUCCAAACAAUAUUAUAAAAAUAGGAAAACGCUGGUUUGUUGAUAAAGAAAGUGUUUUUUUUAGCUCAAAAAAAAGACAAAAAAAUACAUUGUCACAAUACAUAGAAAUUAAUAAACAAAUUUUGAAUAAUGAAAAUAUAUUCGAAAUAGUAAAAUUAAUAAAGGAUAAUAAAAAAAAUGUCAAUAUAAUUAAUUGUGUUACAUUUGUUCACAAGUUAAUUCGAAUAAUAUGUUAUAGUAAUGACACCAGGUACUUAAAAAAUGCAGCAUAUGUUAAUGAAGAAAUAGAAGAAAAAAUUAAAAUAAUUUUUCAUUAUUUCACCAAGAAUAAGGAAAACAUAAAGGUUAAUAAUUACAAUAAAAGACUCUUUUCCUCUUUCAUAUGGUCACUUAGCAAGUAUGUUAACUUGUUCAAAGGUAAUGAUAAACAUGACAUAUUUGUAAAUACAACGCUAAACAACGAUUUAGUACUUCAAUGUACAGAUAAAGUCCAGCGAUUGAAAAAAGUUCUCCUAAUAAAUGAGGGAAAAAAGAAUGCACGGGAUGUGCAAAAUUUGUGUGUAUCAAAGGAAAAUCACCCUAAUGGCAUGCAAAAUGUAAAAUAUGGAUCAAGUAGUGUCACAAAGGGUUAUUUAGGAAAUAUUGGGAAUGAUAAAUUAAGUAGAACACUUAUAUACUAUGGAAUGAAUUCUCCAUUUCAGAAAUUAGAUAAUCAAGAGGAACAAUUCCAAUGCAAAGGAAAAAAUAAUCCUCCAAUGGGAGGAGGGACUGUUAGAUACAGUCUGUGUAAUAAUUUUAGCCUAUUAUGCCAUUAUGCAGAUGCUUAUUUGCCAUCACUAAAUCCUUCGCGUUAUGUACUCGUUCUUUGGUCGUUAAGUAAAUUGAAUAAAAAUUCCAAAGAAUUACAUGAAAGGUAUUAUCAUAGGAGUGUAAAUCUGAUACCGUUGCUAAAGGUUAAAGAGCUCAUAAUUCUGUUGUAUACUUAUUCUUACAUAAACUUUUCAAAUAUAGAAUUUUACUUAAAGAUGAAAAAUUUUAUUAUGAGCAGAAAUAUACAUAAAAAAAUUGUUAGUGCAAAAGAAAACGAAUCUGUGGUUAACAUGCUUUUGUCAUUUGCCAACCAAAAUAUAUUUCUGCAAGACUUGUUUGAGAGCACAGUAAAUCAGAUCUUACAUUCAAAUUUUUUUUUAAAUUCGUUAAAAAAUAAUGAACUAAUAACCAUUCUAUUCUGCUUAUGCAAAUGUCCAUUUCUGUAUAUACCAGAUGAUAAUAAUUUUAGGAUAUUGGAAAAAAAGGAGAAAAAGGAAUGUGUAAGAAAAAAUAUCCUUUUAUAUGAAUUAUUAAAAAAGAAAAUUAUGAAAAGAUAUGCAAAAAUUAGACAUCAGAAUGGAAGCAUCUUUUGGAUGCAUGAAUAUGGUAAUAUUUUCCUGAGACAUGAAAAUAUAUUUGAAGGGGUAAAACGUAACACAAGCUUCUCCUUGAAAAAUUUGAUUUUACUUGUCUGGUCCUUGAGUCUUAAAUACAUAUACUCAGCACAAUUGUUACUAUCCUGUUUUAUCCAUUUAAAUGGUUUAAUGAAAAAUCAAAAUUAUGUAUAUAACUCAUAUAACAUGCUGACGAAUUUGUAUUUUUCUCUUUUGUCAUUUUUAUUAGAAGAUGAAAUAGUUAUUAAUUUGUAUUUUAACAGAGAAGAAUUAAAUGCUCUACACCUUUUAGACGAAUAUGUCAAUGCAUUCAAAACUCAUUUUAGCACAUUCAAAAAGGCAAUAAACAUGAAUCAAAGAGAAAAUGAUAUAUCUGUGUCGAACAUGCAAAAAGUUAUAUUUAAUUUCUUAUGCACUUAUUUUAAGGACUCAAAAAAUGUAUCUAUAUUGUUGGAGUAUAAAAACAUCCUGAAUUUAUCAGUAGAUAUUUUGCUACUUCGAACAAGUUCUAGCGCACACAUGGUAGAAAAUAUAAGCGCAAGUGUGGAAGAAUUACAUGGAAUAUUUUUGUGUAAUCAGAUAUUUAAUUAUAAUGGAGUGGGGAAUAUAAGCCCAGAUGGAAGUGUUGAUCGAAAGAAGGAUAAAGAAUCGAGUAAUAGCAUUAAAGUUCGUGCAUCGAAAUGUUCAAAGAUGAAUAAUGGUGUAUCCUCUGGUAUUCCAUUCGUAUACCAUAUAUCGUACAAAACAUUAUGUACAUGGGAGAAACGUGAGUGUAACAGGAGCACAGAAAUGUUUAACACAAAAAAAAGUAAUAAUUCGAUGAAAAAGAUGACCAACUUGUUUGUAACGCUUGAAAAGACAAAUAUGAGCUGUGAAGAAAUAAGAAGUAAUUUGUAUGGUUUCAUCGAAAGAAUCAAGAAUCUGAACGAAAAAAUGGAUGCCAGAGAAUUGAAGAAAAUAUUUAAAGAUAUACAUAUUUUUUUUGAGAAAUAUUUUAUCCAUAUUAAGGAGCACAACCUGAUUAGCUUUUUUUAUAAAUUUUCUUUUCUUUUUCCGCAAUUCUACAAAUUAAAGAACAAUAGUAAUGGCAACAGUUGUAGUACAGAUUUUUUAAAAAUUUUUUCCUACUACCAUGAUUACACCACUAUCACAUUUUUUAAAAAUGUGAAUUCAAAAAAGGUAUAUCAUUUUGUAGAUAUUUGUUGGGUGUAUUUUCGAUAUAUGAAGUAUUUUCUUAUUCAAUUGAAAGAAAUAAAUGAAGAUAAAAGGAUGAGUAGAGAGAAAAAAACAGAAAAGAUAACUAAUGAAAUGAUACUAGAAGAAAUAAGAAAAAUAACAAGCAUAUUUGAUACUAUUAUAAAAAAUAAAAUGAUAAGUGAACAAAUGAUAGAAAGAAUGUCAUCAAAAAAUAUGGCCCAGCUUAUUUCUAUUUUUUUACAUCAUAAUAAUUCUAAUAUAGUGGAAUAUUUAAAAAAAAAUAAUUUUCAUAAUAUUAUUUUUACUAUAAAAGAUAUUAUUUUUAUUUUAAAUGCUUUAACUAAGUCUGAUUUUGUAUGGGAAAUUGAAAAAAAAAUGUUUUGCAACAAAUUUAUUGAACAUAUAGACAAAUGUGGGGUGAGAGACCUUGUGGAGUUUACGUACUUAUGUGCAGAACUGAAAUGCAGCAGUGAUUAUAUAAGUAUUCAUAUUAGAAAUAAAAUUAACUCCCCUGUUUUUUUAUUACCUUUGCCAAAACGGAGAAAUGAAAACCGUAACAAAGUGGAAAGAAAAAUCGACCCUUCUGAUAAAAAACAAGAUGUUUGUUCUGCCUCCUCUACUCGAAUAAAAUUUAUUGAAACUUUUGAACAGGAUGAGUUAUCUCUCUUUGUAAGGAACUGUUACAGGAUGCACUGCUUUGACAAGCACUUUUUUGAUACAUUGUGUGAAGUAAUUUUAAAAAGGUAUAGAACGCUAAGCGAGAAAAACCUGUGCAUUGUGUUGCCCAGUUUUGCUCGUAUUUAUUGUCUGCAUAAGGGGAGAGGAAUAUUUCCCAAUAUAGGUUUAAAACCGGGGAACGGACAGUAUGCGAAAGGUUGCAGAAUAAAUCAGGAUGAUGAAAUUGAUCGAAUUGAUCGAAUUGAUCGAAGCGACGAGGACUCCGAAACUAACGACAUUUUGGAUCCAGAUAUCUCCAAUUGCAGGUACGACGUGCCUGUGUCCCUAAAAAGGUUAGUAAAGAAUGCAGAGGUAAAAAUUGUAUCCAACAAGAAUGUAAAUUUUAUAAACCUUGCGUAUUUUAUGGAGGCAAUUACUCUUCUUAAGAUUGAAAACAAAAGGGCAUAUACCUUGUGCGUGAAAGAGGUAGAACACAAGAUAGCGAGCCACGUGUAUAACGAGCGGGAAGACCUAAGGGGGAAUAAAAAAAAAAAUUGGGGAGGAACAGAAAAAGAGGUAAAAUUGCUGAGUAAAAUCUUAUGGUGCAUGUCUUAUUACCACAGAACAGAAUUUGCACUGACAUUGAAAAUAACGAAUUUUCUUUUAAAGAAUGGGAUAUACAAAUAUGUAUCACCUGAAAUUUUUAUUUCUGUUUUUUUAUACUAUAUAAAAUCGAGAAUAUACAGCAGAACGUUGUUCCAAAAAAUGGGCGAAACCAUUAGAAUGAAUAUAUCCCUGAAUGAUCAUUUUGCACGUUCAGAGAUUAAGCGGCAAGGAAAUUUCAAGCUUAGCUUAAUUACUGAAUUAUAUGGCACAAUGGCAUGGGCAUACGCAUUUACAUAUUGUUACGCAGACGACGUAAAGCUGAAAACAGUUGAAGCGACAACUAUGAAAAAAAACAAUCAUGAGGAAAAAAGUAGAAAAAGCGAAAAAAAAAAAAAAAUAAAUACAGAAUAUGAAACACUCAAGAGUGAAAUAAAAAAUGAUUCAAUCUUUUUGAACAAGAUAUACACCUUUUUAUUAACAGAAAUGAAAAUAUUACAAAAAUAUCAAGGAGGAGUUUCCUUUUUACUAUUAGCAAGAUAUUUAUGGGGGAUUGCAAUUGUAAAUUUAAUAAAUGAAAAAGUACUUGAUUUUAUUAAUUCAUACAAUUGGAAUGCUAUAAAAAUUACAGAACAAAAUAACAUGCAUUUGCAUAUGAUUCUUACAUUUUGGCUAAGGGUAAAAUAUUCGUUUUCCGAUAUAAAAAUUUGUAAAGACUUUUAUAAAUUCAAAGAUCAAAUAAUAUGUCUAUUUUUAAAAAAAAAAAAAAAAAAAACGUUAAAAGGUAAUGAUCAUAAAGAUACUAACAACAUAUCAGAUUUUCAUCAUCAAAUAAACCAAAUAUUAGACAAAUAUGAAAUCAAAUAUGAAAAUGAGUACAUAACGGAGGAUUUUUUGUCAGUCGAUUUGGUUAUAACAGAUGAAUCGACUGGUUAUAAGAUAGCCAUUGAGGUCGAUGGCCCAUCACACCAUCUAUUGAUCCUUGAUAAAAUAGAUCCCAGGGUUAAGAAGUUAUAUGUUCAAUGUGGCACAACCUACUUUAAGAACUGGCUCCUGAAAAGGAUGGGAUGGAUGAUCAUUAAUAUCCCAUCAUACGAAUGGAAUAAACUCAAGGAGGAAGAAAAGGAUAUUUAUGUAAUUCGAAAGUUGUCAAGCUGUAGUGAGUAUCAUAAAAAUCACCUUGAGAAAUGGUUGAAAUAA